UUUGUUUGUUAAUUGUUUUUUGCUCCGUAUUUUUCUUUAAUUUAAGCCUUAAAAUGACCAAUUUCAUCGCGAAUUGCGCGAUAAUCGUGUUGCUGUGUUGCGCCGCACCACUUUUUGCACAACGAACGCCCUCAAUUUCGUACAUAUCGCAGGAACAGAUCAAAGAUAUCGGAGGCACAGUUGAGCUGGAAUGCAGUGUGCAAUACGCCCGUGAAUAUUCCGUCAUUUGGAGCAAAGUUGGUCGUGGAGGCGACACAGUUUUCCUCUCCACGGGCAGUUCGCUCGUCAUCAAGGACUCUCGGUUCGCGCUGCGUUUCGAUCAGGCAUCCACAACGUACACGCUGCAAAUUAAGGACAUCCAAGAAACUGAUGCUGGAAUUUACCAAUGUCAAGUGGUUAUUUCGACAGUGAACAAGAUCACGGCUGAAGUGGAGCUCCAAGUGUUGCGUCCUCCCAUCAUUUCGGAUAAUUCGACGCAGAGUAUCGUCGCUUCCGAGGGCAAAUCCGUGCAAAUGGAAUGCUAUGCGACAGGUUACCCGAAACCAACGAUCCAGUGGCGUCGUGAAAAUAAUGCGUUGUUGCCAACAGGCGGUUCAACCUUCGCUGGAAACGUUUUGAAAAUCAAUUCCGUUCAAAAGGAGGAUCGUGGCACGUAUUAUUGCGUCGCCGAUAAUCGUGUGAGCAAAGGAGAUCGUCGCAACAUCAAUUUGGAAGUGGAAUUCGCUCCUGUUAUCUCGGUGCCUCGUCCCCGUUUGGGUCAGGCGUUGCAAUACGACAUGGAUCUCGAGUGCCAUAUCGAGGCAUAUCCCCCUCCAGCUGUCGUCUGGAUCAAAGACGGGCAACAACUCUCCAACAAUCAGCAUUACAGUAUCUCGCAUUUCGCUACCGCCGACGAAUUCACCGACUCGACAAUUCGCGUCAUCACCAUCGAAAAACGACAAUACGGCGACUACUUCUGCAAGGCCGUCAAUAAACUCGGAAGCGCCGAAGCCAAAGUGCAUCUCUUCGAAACAAUCAUUCCCGUGUGCCCGCCAGCUUGUGGACAAGCCCAUUACGGUGGCGCGCAAUCCGUUGCUGUUUCCGUGACUGCCAUGCUUGCGUGUUUCCUGCUCGCCGUCAAAAUUUUCAUCAAGCAUUAAGCAAUAGAACGAAGCUUCGGGAAUUGAAACGACUCAGAAUCUCGAAAAUUUUAACAUUCCAUGAAAAAAUUCAUUCCUGAAGAGAUCUUUUGGCCGUUAAAUUCUAAAAAAAACGAAUCUAGAAAACAAUUUUUUUUACACAUGUUGCCUUUUUAACAAAUUGUAUGUUAAAAAUUUUAAAUAUCAUUUUCUUAGAUGUUAGUUAGUUAUGUAAGAAGAGAGUUAUCGAAAUUUCCGUCCAAUGCACUUUUAAAUGUUAAUUUUAAGAAAAGAAAAAAAAAUACAAAAAUGAAAUCUGUAACCGUCCAAACGCGUCAACAAAUUUUAAGAAA